CCGUGCUUCGGUUGUUACCAUUACACAGAAGGCAAGACUAGGGGAGGGACGGGAGGAAAACGACGUCCCGAAGAGUAAAAAUAACGCGGUUUCGCUCUGUUUUCGUCUUUGGGCACAAAGAGAAAAGCUUAAAUUUAACUUUUUGUUUUCGGUCGUGGGGUUAGAGGUCCCAAUCGCCUGAAGAAUGGCAGAGCAAAGCAGUAGAUACCAGCAGCUGCCCAAUGAGGAGGAGCCGGGCGAGGGAGAGCAAGCGGCGGCCGACGCCCCGCCUCCCUACAGCAGCAUCGCCGCGGACAACGCAGCGUACUUCGACUACAAGGAGGACGGCGGCUUCCCCAAGCCGCCCUCGUACAACGUGGCCACGUCGCUGCCCUCCUACGACGAGGCGGAGAGGUCCAAGGCCGAGGCCACCAUCCCCCUCGUGGCCGGAAGGGAGGAUGACUUCGUGGCACGGGACGACUUCGAGGACGCGGACCAGCUCCGGAUAGGGAACGACGGCAUCUUCAUGCUGACUUUCUUUAUGGCAUUCCUCUUCAACUGGAUCGGCUUCUUCCUGUCCUUCUGCCUGACCACCUCCGCGGCCGGGCGCUACGGCGCCAUCUCCGGCUUCGGCCUGUCGCUAAUAAAGUGGAUCCUCAUCGUCCGGUUCUCCACCUAUUUCCCCGGAUACUUCGAUGGCCAGUACUGGCUGUGGUGGGUGUUCCUGGUUUUGGGGUUCCUCCUCUUCCUCAGGGGCUUCAUCAACUACGCCAAGGUCCGCAAAAUGGCCGACUCCUUCUCCACCCUCCCGCGUACCAGAGUCCUGUUCAUCUACUAAAGCUGUUUUCUUUCUCUUUUUUUUUUUUAAAUGAAAUGAAAACACAAAAAUCCUUCCUGCGUUUAAUAUCUGGAUGUAGCGAGAAAACAGCAAGACGACGAAAAAAAACAAAACCAAACCCGCGAUCAGAAAUUCUACUGCACUUCCUGCAGGAAGUCCCAAACACGAAACCACAGAAGACGGACAGGAAAAAAAAAAAACGAAAAACGCUUUCAAUUGCACCGAUCUAUUAACGAAUGAGACAUUACCUUCUAUAUGUUUCUAGAUGUACAAUUUUACUAGUGGAUGCCGAUAAAUCUGUAACCAUUCUAGUGGCUAAUGUUAAGUGCUGUUUGCAAUCAAGUUUGUGAUGUAUGAAUAAUGCCUUAUAUAUUAUCUGUUAAUAGUUGGAGCGUAGCAUGCACUUUGCCCCGUUUAGCCAGUAGAGGGCAGUCUCGUUACCUUUUUCUGUCUUUUCAUAAUGCAGUUCUGAUUUGGAAGCAGCCUCAUGCCGGCUAGGAAUCAUGAUUCACAGUACUCCAAUAGGGUGGGGGUCAGGGUGGGGGUGGGGAGGGGUGGAGGGCGGUGGGGGUUAAUCAAAAAAAAAAUGUAAAAGCAGUGUUUUUGUUGUGUGAGACGAAGUUCAGACAGAGCUUCUUUGAAAGAUGUGGGGAGAGUACCGUUUUAUCUUCCAGGUAAGGGUGGCAGUGUGCGCUGCGUGAUGCGCACGCAGGGAACACAGCUGAUUGGAGACUGCGUGCGGGGAAGACUCUGAGGCAUUAGGUGGUGUAGUUUCACAGACGUGCGGACCGAGGCCCAGGGCAGGGCUGCCGGGCCUGUAUCUCCCCCUCCCCCUCAUUAAGAC